UUGAGCUGUAAGGAAAAGUAAAGCGUCCUGUGAAGAGUGGAGGGAUGAAGUUUCCUGUGGAUCUCCUGGCUGAAGUUAGCCUGGCAGAGCUGGAGCGGUCAGCCCACAACUACAUGAACAACCUCCUGUACAGCAACCCUGAUUCUCUUGAGCAUCUAACCGUCUCUGCCUCCACCAAGAUCCCCAUAGGUAUUUCCAGCGUAGGCUUCAUCCCUCUGUAUGGAUCCACUGAUGAGUGGAAAAUCUUGGCCCUCUUUUCACCCAGUGAUCCAUUCGUAGCAGUGGGUCUGUACCUGUUAGACCGCUGGUGGGCAGUGGAAGAUAUUCUCAAGACAGCAGACCCUACUCGAGAUGGAGUUGUGGAGGUGCAGACAGUCGGGGAGAGAAUAGUUUUAUACAUCCUUAAUCGUGUCAUCUAUAGAGGCAGGGAGAUGACCUCUGAGGAGCUUCCCUUCCUCUGUCACGGAGAAAAAGAUUAUGCAAAAAUUGUCUGGAAUAAUGGGGAGGCAGUAGGCUUCUAUUCAGUCAAACCCUCAGGGAGCAUAUGUAAUUCUUUUUCAGUCAGAACCUAUCAGCUCCCUGUGAUGGACUCCAUAUUUGUUAGAAAAUGUCAGCGUCGUAAAGGCUUCGGUCUUCAGAUGCUCGUGGACUUUGUGCUCAGUUUUAAAGAAGAGUCUUUGGGCUUGAGGUACCCCCUCACAAAAUCAAUGUAUAAAGUGUGUGAGAAGUACCUGUGUCAGUACCCAGGAGAUACAGAUCUGCUGUGGGAGGUGGAGAGCAUCGGUGGGCCCAACCAGAGGACCAACAUUGCCAGGAAGAUCAUGGCCUUAGAUGUUUGUGUAUCCAAGAGUCUCUCUUUCUCGGAGGAAUCACUUGUGACUCCUGAUAUGGCUGAAAAGGUGCUGAAGGAGACAGUUACUGUGGAAUGCUCAGUUGACACUAUGGAUGAACUGACUGUACUGAGAGCUACCAAAGAGAUCGAUGAUGUGCCUGUUGCAGGUCAGGGUAGGAGCAGUGGUUUAAAACAAAGGAAAAUUGGAGAAAAGAUUACAGAGGACAAAUCAGAAAAAGUUAUCAGAAUCGAGGACAUUGAGGCAGAAAACCCCAGUGUGGAGCGAGUUUCUGUUCAACGAAAGAAAGAACUGCAUGAUUCCUAUGAACUGGAGCAAACCGAGGUUUUGUUCAGUGUUGCUAAAGAAAAAGCAGAAGAUGUCGUGGAUACUGCACUUGAAGGAGAACCAACUAUGAAGUCAGACAAACCAGCAACUGUCCUGAUGUCAAAAGAUUUAGCAGAAGCUGAUGUUACAUUAGCAACUACAACCGAAGAGGAACACGUAGAAGAUGAUCUCACACAAGGUCUGAACAACAACUCACAUGGCUCUCAGAUAACAGUUGAGAAUGUGGCAUCAGAAACUCAGGAAUCAGAGGUGUUUGAGAAGGAGGAAGAAGCAGACAUUCCAUUUGUAGGGGGUGCUGAGGAGAAUAUUGCAGCAGAAGAAACUGUCACACAAGACGUUCCAGAUAUGGGACAAGUCGACAGUACUGAGACAAUUACAGAUGAUGAUACAGAGGCUUUAGUUGUAAAGGCAGAUGAGGGAAUUCACGAAAGAACAGCAGCCAGGAAGGAGGCUGUUCCUCUUGAAAAGAUUGCUGUUGAGGCAGAAGACAAGCAGAGUGAGGAAACAAUGAGACAGGAAAAAACCAUGCCAGAAACUGAGAUGGAGAAGGGAGUGGUGGAAGAAGAAGGGCUGGAGGAGAAAGUGGAAGAUGCAGUCACACUACAAGAUACAGCGGACGGGAGUGCUGAAGAAGCAGCUGAAGAAAAUGAUGCUGAAAGUGAUGAUGAGGAAAACUCUACAGGGGAACAGUCAACCUCAGAAGUGGAUGAAACAGCAGCUGAAGAAAGUUUAGAUAACAAACUGCUCACAGCAAAUGAUGACCAGGUACAAGGUAGCUAUGAGGAAGAAACACCAGUUAUUGAAACAAGAGUUCUGAGAAACAGUCAGAAAACAGUGAGAGCCACAGCAACAAUCAAAACCACAAAUAGACGAGAUGGUGAGCAAGAAGAGGAGGCAGAUGGAGUGAAAAGCAAAGCAGAUAAACCAGCAGAAGAAAGAGUUGUGAGGGAGGAAAGACUGUCUGCGGCCACAUCUGGACAAUCAAAACAGACAAAAGAAGACAUAGAGAAAAACAAUGUAGCUGAAGAGUUACAAGUUGACGAAACCAAAGCAGUGCUGGAAAAAGCAGAAGAAAAAACGAAAUCCAGAGAAAACAAAAUUGAAGACAAGAAUGAAGAAGCUGUAGUUCAAAAAGAUGAAACUCCAGAGCCAGAAGUUGAGACUGAACAAGUAAAAACUGUGGCAGGGGUUUCCCUCGCAGAGCAAGAACCAGUCAAAAAGGAAGAAAGACAAGAAAAGGAUGGUGACGAAGAUACAUCUCAGAAAGAUGACACUGAAGACUUACUGAAUACAAAUGUGGAAAAAGUUAGUGAUGAGGAAAAAGCACCAGCUGUUGAAACAAGAGUUCUUAGAAGUGGUGGGAAGGUAGUCAAAACCAAACCAGUUUUCAAAACCACAGAUAGCCAUCAUGAACAAAAUGCACCAGUGGAGUCGCUAGUGGAGAAGAGUGCAGAUACAGAUACAGUAGCAACAAGAACUCUGAGGAAGGGAAGGAGGUCUUUUGCUGCCACACCCAGAAAAACAAACAAAAGACAGUGUCAGCCAGAGGAACAGAGGGAAGAAGAAACUGCUCCUGCAAAUGAGAUGGUAAGAGAGGAACAUGAGGUAGGGCAGGGAUCACCUGAGAAGAAAUGGAAGAAAGCAGAGGAAGAAGGAAAGAGAAUGGGAAUGGAGGUAGAGAGUAGUAAUGAUGCAGAACAGGGAGAAGCUGAGAGUUCACCAGGAGGAGACGUAAUCCAGAUUUCAUCAGCUGAAGUAGAAGAGACAAACUCAACUGUGGAAGAGGAAAUCACAGACGUAGAAAAAUUCACUACCAUGACAGAGAUGGUAUCUAAGGCAAUGGUCGAAGGUGCUGAUGUGGUGGCAGAGAAAGAAGCUCCAGCUGCAACAGAAAUAUCACUAAGGAGCAAAACAAAAACAUCACAUGCCAGAGGUCAGAAAGACCAAGAACCAGUUAAGACUAAGCCUGAGCAGCUGGAAGAGGAAAGCCUAGGGGAUGUGGAAACACAACAAGUGCAUCCACUAACUGAUAAUUCACAUGAAAAACGAGAGCUACAAGAGGAACAAGCAGAAAAUGAGGAAACAUCAUCAACUGGACAUGAGUAUAUAGAUAAGGAAACAUCUGACUCCAGAGCAGCAGAGUCAUUGGGAGAUGAGACUGAGUCAGUCGCUGACAAGGAGGAAGAGGACAAAGUGGAAAGAGAUGAAGACAAAGACAACAUGACAGAUGAACUUUCUGACAAUCAAGAAAUAAAGAGGCUACAGGAAAGCAGUAAAGAAGAAAACCUAGAAAAUGCUGUGAAAGCUGGUGAAAAGGUGAACCUCCUGAUUUCAACAUUAGACACAGAUGAAGAGGUAGAGACACCAGGUGUCAGACAAAAGCACGAGAAGGAUGAGCAAAAUAUGUCAGCGGACGAAGUGGAGCCAAUUGUCAUUGGAAAGAGAGUUUUAAGACAGAGGACAAUUCCCUCAGUAAUAAUUACACCUCGGUCUAGAUCCAGACGCAGUAGUACCAAAGUUCAGAAAGCAGAGGAGUCUUUGUCUGAUGAAGAAAAGGGCCCUCCAUCAUCUAAGAGGGGAAGUCCCUGCAAAAGAAAAAGUACUGAGGUAACACCAACUCACAAAUUCAAGCGAUCCAGCAGAGUUCAGGAACCUUUGCAUACGCCAAUAAAACGCAAGAAGUAGUGUGAAAUGUUGUGGCAAUGCCGUAGUUAGUCUGGUAUAAGCACUAGCUUAUGGUGGCUCAUGCUGGCUGUUGUAAACAUUCAAUACUGUAGAUAUUACUUUGUUACUGGCAUUAGUCAGUACAUGGAUUUCAGGACUCUUUGCUACAUGUGUUCUUGUUACAUAAUAAGAUUAUUAUGCCAGGCAUUAAGAGUACAUGUUAAAAAUAUGUACUGUUUAUGUCCAUAUUUUAACAGUACAUGUUAAUGACUGGCAUUAUUAUCUUUGUGAUAUAGUCACCAUCACCUUGUGAUGUAGUCUUGUCUCAAAGCCACUAUCUAUGCAAAUUUGCUAUUUUACUUUGGCCGUUCUACCCCCUUCACCAUGGACCUGACUUCGGGACAGGAUGUGUUGCUUCUGCACACUCCACUCACAUGCAAUUUGUAUACUCACUCCCAAGUAGAAGCUAGCAGUUGUCAACUAUGUAACUCAGCUAUGAGUUACCGCAAGGACAGUGAGAAUGCUGGCCAGACAGAGGCAGUUGUGGGUGCCAACAAGAAAGAGCUGGUACAUUAAAAAUAAUCCAUGUCCAGUGUGGGCAUACCUGUAAAAAGAACCAAAGCAAUAGAAAGCUAUUCUGAAAACACAGGUCCAAAUGCUUGACUUUCUGUUUGUCUAGUGUGAAUAAUUUUAAAAGGAUUAUUUGAAGAUUUAUUUUGUCCACAAGUGUGUUUACGAAAUAACUGUUAAGUGAGCACUAGUGUUGUGAAUGAGACAGUCAAGAAUGAUAUGAAAAUUUGGUGAUUUCCCCUUGUCCUAGUAGGAACUACCACAUGAUUUGGAUACUAUCAGCCCAUGAAGUAUUGGACAAAAUGGAGCUCUCAAACACCUGGUAAACAUAACAACAGGGUGUACGCUUAACCCAAACCAAUUUCUUUAGAUCUAGACAAGUAGUUUUGAUGCUUAAUGUUACAGAAACAUCAAGUGAAAAACAGCAAAUGAAUGCAGAGGUCAAAAGGACAUUUAAGUCAAUAAAUAAAGCAAUAAUUCUGGUCUGAAGUGGGACUCAAAUUCAAAUCUCCUGAUUGAUUUAUGCUUCCUCAAUCCCCUCUAACCUCUGAUAAUGUGCACUGAUAGCACCAUUUGAAUGGCAUGAUAAGUAAAUUGGAUGCAAUUACCUGCUGCAUCAUUGUCACUGUGUUGUUUAAUCUACACAAUAAGUAAAGAACACCUUGACCCUGUUCAGACGAUCAAUGGAAGUGUGCAAAAAACCCAGUCUCAUCAUUUCAUUGAGAUUAAUGACAUUUAAUAUGAACAUUCCAUAGAGCCCAUCGUGGUGGGAAUGAAGAGGCUUCGGCCAAAAAUACAUUGUUAUUCAUGGAGAAAAAAAAAACAAUUUAACAUAAUUUGGGAUUACACCCUUUUGCCUACCAAUCACAAACACAUUCCUUAUUACCUCGCAAACCAUCAAGAUGGGGGAGCAGAACAUAUUUAGCUAUCUGAUAGUCCUAACCUGUCGUAACCUUUUUUUCAGAUAUCCAUUAGAAGCUAAGUCAUUAUAUUUUGAUGUAUUUAUGCAGUCAUGGCACACUGCUGUUAAAAAGUCUGCCUAAAUCUAAGAAAAUAUUUGAAGACUGGACAUCGAAUGGAUAUUGUAUCUGCAACUUCAUACUUAGAAUGGAUUUUUGAAAAAUGUUUUUGCCUCUUUGUAUCUGAAUUUCAAAUGUAUUUGUGUUUUAAAACAUCAAAUUUGAUUAAUAGUUUACAGAGCUUUGUGUUGCUCAAUUUUCAAUAGUCAAAUGCAGGUCGCCAUGAAAAAAACGGAAUGGUACAAUAUUGGAUUUCUUUUGACUGUUUCUUAAAAAUUCUGAAUUAACAUUUUUAAUAACCAUUCUUACAAAUGACGAAUGAAUAUUUUAUAUUAUAAACAUUUUCCUAUAUUUCUUAAAAAUAAAUGUUUGUAUCUAUUUUCAAUAUCAGGCUUGAUGUGACAUUUUUUAAAAAUAUAUAUUUUUCACCAAAUCAGACCAAACAUAGAUUUCUUUUUAUUUUAUUUUUUUUAUAUGCUUCGGUAUUUUCCCUGGUAACAUAAUAAAGGGGGGAAAAAAAGCUUUUGGUAGAUUUUGGUAGUUUUUUUGUUUGUUUGUUUGUUUUUAACUCCACUACAAAUAGAAGUAAUGUGAAAUAACACAAAUUUGUCUUUUUUAAAUCUGUGAAAUACUCAAAGUGAAUUUUAUUAUACAAAAGAGCCACAAUAGAAUUUGUGUACUUUCACUUAUAGUCUCCUGAACUCAUAGUCUUCUUAGUAAUGCAUUCACUGUUGAUGUACACUUAUAAAUUUUAACAAAGAUCUGUGUAUCUUACAUGGAGUGAUGUAAUGUGCUAUACUUUUGACUUGGUUGAAUUAUUAAGUUUUGCAGCCAGUGUUUUCGUUUAUGUUAACCACAACCCUAACACUUUUCUAAUCGUGUGGUAUUCUUUUGGCAGCAAUAUACAUUGUAUUAUUAAUGUCAAUUUAAGUGUUGAUUUCAUUGUUUGUAUCAUUAGGAACAUAACCUUAAUUUAGCUGUAGGAUGUAACACUAGAGUCUUUCUAGAAUGUGUUUGUGCUUAAUAGCAGAUGGCAUUUAAUUCAGAAAGCUGCAACAGUCAUUAAGGGUCUUUACAUUGAUUUUUCUGGUAACUAUGUGGACUACCCUAUGUCUGUAAAGUUUUUUUGUGGCAAAUAAAUUUUUCUGAAGGAGA